AUGUCCAAACCCACGGCGCCACCCAUAAGCUUGACGCCGCAGUUCUGCUUCAACACCCGCGUUCUGCGGGACUUUCUCCGCCUCUCACGCGCGAGCAUCGACGACAGCAUCUCCACGAACUUGAACGCAUUAAUCACCCCGGCGACCACGUCGCCGUUCGACCCGACUUCGACAUCGAUCCGAAACCCGUCACUGCCAUCCUCGCUCACGAGAGCACCCAUACCUCGAGAAACCAGUCGCACCUUUCUGCACUCCGUCCUGUUCCCCUCGUGGAAUGUGAGGUCGGAUGUGAUAUCUUACUGCACGAGCGUGGCGACGAGUCCGGACCCAAAUGACCCGGAUCUCAUUGAGCGGGAGGCGCUGAAUAGGCGAGACGCCGAGCGGAUCGUGAACGAGCGGCUGGAUCCCUACUCCGGAAGGUUCUUCCCCCGAGAGUCGAGGGCGGAGAUGCUAGCGGAUGUACUGCGGAACGAGAAUGCGGUGGAGAAGAUCGUGAGGACAAGGACGUGGGGCAUAGUGCAGGAACGGUGUGAAGGCGUCGAGGAAGGGUCCUGGGAGGAAGCAGUCAAUUCCUGGAGGGAAGGAAAGCGAUAA